AUGGACCAGAACAAAACGUACCUCCCACACUUUCUAUACAAUGGAAAGUUUUUAUCUAACAUGUGGAAACUACGUUUAAAUCUAAUGGGAGUCAUUGUUCAUGGAAUAGGCAUCUAUGGCUUCUUUGAUUAUUUCCAAUGGUCCCACGGUAGCAACCUCACCAUAUCUGUUCUGUUGCAAUGUCUUCUCAUGCUAGACAAAAUUCCGGACACAUUGUAUUUGCAAAUGGACAAUUGUCCUGGACAGAAUAAAAACCGAUAUAUACUUGGAUUCCUCUGUUGGUUGGUGGAGAUUGGCGUAUUCAAAAAAAUCAAAGUGUCAUUCCUCAUGGUCGGACACACGCAUGAGGAUAUAGAUCAAGUAUUCUCCAGAUUUUCUAGCCUCCUUUCCAGGCGGAGUGCUUUGACUCUAACCAAAUUAAUAACUGUGUUUGAAAGGUGUUACACUCCGGUACCAACAGGAAUAAGAACGGACAGAGUAUACAAUAUUUCAGAAGCCUUGGACCUUGAAAAUAUUUCAGGCCAUUCAAAGCCGCAUGCUUUUAAAAUAAUUAAGGAAGACGCAAAAGCGACGAUUUUUUGGAAGAAAUGGUCGACCGAUCGGAUAUGGCAAAAAUGUGAAGGAACCCUUCUUAAGGAUAAUGCAUUAGUAUUUAGGAAACUUAGUCCAUGUGUGGACGAUCUUGACAUGGAAAUUCUUGAGCGGGACGUGAGGGGCUCGUACAGAUAUUUUACAAAAAAUGAGGACAAACAGUGGUGGGAAAUUUUUUUUGCCGAAGUCAAUGAAGAGUAUGAUUCAGACGACGAAGAUGAUGGAAUUGCAGAGCAAUUAUUGGAUAAAAAAAGGCAGAAUUCCCCAAACACUGAAGAUCUAGAGGUUCACAUUUCCGACACAGAGGACCCUAUUCCCCCAGUUGUCAUUGGAAAGAGGCGGAAAGAAGCAGUCCCUCCUUGUACUAUAGUGGGGAUGAUGGCAUUAAUGGAUGUCCCUCGGUACGCCGGCGAGUGGCCACAGAUAGGCCAGAUAAUAUCUCGUGAGGGGGAUGAGGUAGACAUACACUGUGUGUCGCGUAUGGAGAGAGGCCAAUACAUGCUGGAGCUCUACUCCAAGACAUUAGGGAACUACCCAGACAACGCCCCACUCAACAACGCCCUCUUCAGCCACGCCCCCUCAACCACCUCAGCCAGCUGCUCCUCUUAG